AGAAGUCAGCGCGGGGGCCGGGGCUUGAGACUUACGAGAAGAGAACUGUCUCACCAGUGUCCGAUAGAACUGAAGAUUAGUUUUAAUUGACGGUGCACCAUGGACCAGGACAACAACUCGGAGGAUGAGUCAGUUGGCCCAUCAGAGGAUGACACACAACCUCGGUUUCCUCUUGGACUUUCGGACUCUGAGGCAGUGGAGGUAUUAUGGCAAGUGCGGGCUCAGCGUAGGCAGGCGAAUCCUGAUCUGCCCGACACCGUCACUCAGCUCACUACGCCAGAAGGUAGCGUGGUCUACUUGGUAGGCACAGCACACUUCAGUGACAGCAGCAAGAAAGAUGUAGCUACGACGAUCCGUGCGGUGCAGCCGGAUGUGGUGGUGGUAGAGUUGUGCCAAUAUAGGGUAUCUAUGCUGAAGAUGGAUGAGAAAACAUUGCUGAAAGAGGCCAAAGACAUCAACUUGGAGAAGGUCCAACAGGCCAUUAAACAGAAUGGUGUAAUGUCAGGCCUCAUGCAGAUCCUGCUGCUUAAAGUCUCUGCUCACAUCACAGAACAGCUGGGCAUGGCCCCUGGAGGAGAGUUUAGAGAAGCCUUCAAAGAGGCAGGUAAAGUGCCCUUCUGCAAGUUCCACCUUGGGGACAGGCCAAUCCCAGUGACGUUUAAGCGUGCCAUUGCUGCUCUGAGUCUAUGGCAGAAAGCACGGCUAGCCUGGGGAUUGUGCUUCCUGUCUGACCCCAUCAGUAAAGAAGAUGUAGAGAAGUGUAAACAGAAAGAUCUACUGGAGCAGACAAUGUCAGAGAUGAUUGGCGAGUUCCCUGCAUUGCACCGCACCAUUGUGGCGGAACGAGACAUCUACCUCACGCACACACUCAGGCAGGCUGCCCGCUGUGUUGAGGCGCCACCUAAUGCUCAGAAAGUGCCUGCUGUGGUGGUGGGAGUGGUUGGAAUGGGCCAUGUUCCUGGUAUUGAGAAAAAUUGGGACAAAGAGCUCAAUAUUCAUGAAAUCAUGAGUGUGGCACCACCAUCUCGAUUCGGCUGGGUGUUGCGGACUGUGUUGAAGGGGGCAGUGCUAGGCGCUCUAGGGUACGCCUGCUACCGUGCUGGAGGAGGGAUGGGGAGGGCCUUACUCUCCCUACCCGCUGUCCAGUCGCUGCUGGAGAAUUUACGACCGCCCCCUGCCUGACCUCUACGUUUUUCAGUAGACCUUCACAAGGAGGAUGUUACGCUUAAAACACCAGUGGCCUUAAGUACAGCAGAGGGGCUGAGGUAGAUAAGAGGGUGGACACAGCCAGCGUCCUCUAAACACAACUGGAAUUCGGGCAGUUGGCUUGGAGCAGCCUUCUCUCAUCUACCUGCUCUCUUCUCUGCUCUGUUCAAACACAGAGCAGUACUGCCAAAGAACUCGGACAGUACUUAUCUUUCCUUUUCUUCUGUUUUCCCUCUUUCUUACAAUUCAGUACAUGACAAUACUGUUCCAGUGCUGUUGUAAUACAUGUUUCAUCCAAGUGGUUUAUAUUAUAUACCCACAUCUUCAGUGAUAAUGUGGGGGAGAUCUGUAUUCAGUUGUGCUGAAUGGUUUUUAACAUGUCAAGUCUGUCAACACAGCAUUGUAGGUAGCAGGGCAACAAACUGAAUAUGCAACGUAACAUUUUUGUUCUAUUCAUCAAGGUUUUUGGCCUAGUAACAAAGGCCCGACAGUGCUGCAGAGUGAGCACUUUUAAAAACGCUACACCAAAUUUUCCAUUUCUACCACAGAGAUAUUUAAACUGGGUAGAGUGUAUUAUGCAUUACAUAGAUUAUAAUUUUAUCACAAAUGAUUAUAUUAACAUGGCCACGUAAUUAACAUCAUAUGAUUUUGACCAAAGUAAUUUUAUGCUUUUCAGAAAGUAUUUCUUUGUGGUAUGAUUGUGAAGAGAAAUGUGAUCUAGAAAUUAAUUCCUUAAGACCCUUUGGCACCCAUCAAAAGUGGGUCUGUUUGAAUGCAGGUGUAUGUUCAGUUUGGAAAGGGGGGGGGUAAUCGACAAUUACUUGUUUGUUCUUUGUACAACUAACCCAAACAUCAAAUCCCAGUUCAGAGAAAUGCCCUCAAAAUUCAUCUAGCCACAUCUGCUUGAAGGAAAAAUAUAUAUUUUGCAGUGGCAAAUAAACUUGGCAAUAUUGUUGAAGCACUAAUUGCAUUGUUUUAAAAUGACACCUGAAUGUCUCUGCAUUGUUGAUCUUCCAAAGAUGAAAGUCUGUGAUGCAGUGAUACAAAUGAAAAGGUUCUCGAUGUCUCAGUAUUGAGUUUGGACCAUAAACUAUGCCCAUGUCAACUGACAAGUGCCUCCCAUUCGAUGAGCCAGAAAAAGGGCUAAUAGACAAAAGCUGGUUAGUUUUAUUUGAUCUUUCACCAUCUGAUCAUAAUAAAUGGGUACUAUUUAAACUGCA